AUGUACUCUCUGCACCAGCAGCAACAGUACUUUGGCUAUUCGGGUAACAACCCCUCGCAGCAUCAGCAGCAGCAGCAGCAGCAGCACACCAACGCCCAAGCGGGUCCGUCUUCUCUCUCGUCCAGUCCUCGACCUAGCGGUAACGGCGGUCCCUAUCCCGACGUCCAGGAUCAGAGGGCGUACAACCCCUAUCUAUCCUACGCAUCUACCACCUCGGCCCCCGCGCCAGCGAAGUCUCAUGGCGAUGGCGGCGCAGACGGUCCGCUGACGGGCGACUCGGGUUACUACAGCUAUCCAGGUACGGGGGACCAGGUACAGCUACCCCCAGGACCUGGGCCCGGACCUGGGGGAAACGGGAUGGAGAUGGAGAUGGAGAUGGAGAUGGAUUUCCGGCGCUCAGACUAUUAUCCAGAGAGCGUGGUGGGGCAGGGAGGUGUGUAUUGGCCCGGAGGACCAUUACAGCAGGCGCAAGGGCGGGAGAUGCAGGAUGGGUAUCGAGAGCAGGGACAGGGACAUGGGCAUGGGCAUAUGCGGGGACAAGGGCAGGGGCAAGGGCAAGGGCAGUGGGAUUCGCCUUAUUCCGCACAUACGACGCCGGGGCUGGCGGGCCAGUAUGCACCAGGACCUGGACCUGGUCCGCCGCCUGGACAGGGGCAGGGACCGAGUAUGGAUGGGUAUGGUUGGGAUGGGCGAGGCGGUAUGGAGAUACGACCAGGAGAAGACGAUGGGAAGCGGGAAAUACUUCUUCUGCACCAAAACCUCACAGAACUCAUCACCCUCCUCGUCCCCUAUCGUCUCUCACCUACAAACCCCUCCCCAUCGCAACCCCCGCCGUUCCUCCUCCCCCGCCUGGCCCAUCUCGCGCAUGCGGUCUAUACGACGCUACACCACCUCUCGCCCCGAUUUAGGCUCAAUAUCGAUCCGGAUCGUUUACCCGCUUUGCCCAUCUCUGGUAUAGACGGGAGUGUAUGUGAGCAGCCUAGGAAGAAGGCAAAGAAGGCCGCCGCGGGCGCUGCCGGUGGUAGCAAAGGGAAGGAUGAAGACGGGAGGGGAUUGGGAUUGACGGCCGCGGAGCGGGAAAUGGAGGUUAUUAGAGUGAGAAGGGAUGCGUUGAUUGCGCGGAGUAAGGAGGGGCCGAGGGCGCGCGCUGGGAUGGUGGCUGCUGCUGCAGCGGCGGGCGUACGGGCGGGGGCGGGAUCAGCGGGGAGUAUGAAGCGCGAGAAACCCACCGCCGGGCGAGCGCAGGGGGAGGCGUCUCCGUGGCCUGAAGAACAGGAGGGGUACGACGCUGAUGCGGGCGCGGGCCUCGAGGGCGGAGGAUACGGUCGGGAUCCAUUCGACUGGGCCAAUCCCAAUCCCGAUUCUAGCUCUGGCGGAUCUAUGCCUCAGCGAGCGUACCCAGACGACCACCGCUUCGCGGCCGCUUCGGCGGGCUUUGGGUCAUCUCGAUCUUCCCCAUUCGGCCCGUUUGGGCGGGACGGGGAUCUUCCUCGACAACUAUCCAAUGGGCUCGUAUUCGGUCCCCCGCCUGAUUCUCAUCCCUUCGGCGCCACUCAGCUUGGCGAUGGCCAGACCGGGUUCUCCCGACCCCCUUCUUCCCUGUCGAUGGGGUACGGUAUCGAUCCCUCGCUGCGACACGCUCACCUUGAGUCCCGGAACGGUGCCGGCGGGAGCGCGGGCGGAGAAACAGACGUGUUCGACCUAUUCCCACCCCCGUCUUCCGCUUCCGCGCAACAAGGACAAGGACAAGCGCAGGGACAAUCCCAGGGCCAGGGCCAGCUCUUUGACUUUGGGCUGGAUCUACGGGGAUCACCGAUCCCUGUCUCGUCAACGUCAACGACGGCGAUGGCGUUUGAGCUCGCGCCAGAGGUCAAAGGGAAGAGGUUACGGUGUCAUGGGUGCGGAGUUGUCGUAGAGGGGGAAUGGAUGGGGGGACCUGAUGGGCCGAAGAGUCUUUGUGUGCGGUGUGGGCUGCAUUAUGCCAAGCUCAAGAAGAAACGGCCAGAUGAGGCCGAUACCGAUGCUGGGACAGAACCGGAGGCGGGAACGGACGUACGAGCGGACGCGGCGGAUGAGUCUGGUACGGCAACGGUGAUUCCGGACGUGUUGCCCGCGGACCCGCUCAGUACUGGACUGGAUGGGGUUCACAUCAAGGCCGCUUGA